AUGUCUCGCUUCUUCAAGUUUGCUUUCUCUGCCAUUUUUGCGCUGGUCGCAUUUGUCGCUGUUGCUCGUGCUGGUGAAGAAUUUUACGACGAGGACGGCAAUGAGUUCAAGGUAUUCGACUCUGGUGUUGGUGAUGAUGACUGGCGAGAGGAGCAUGACAAGCGCUCUUUCGACGUUCGUGGCAAGUCAAGUUUCGGCAUGUCCCGUCGCCACCAGAAGUACAAGUCGGUUCUUUUCACUCACGGUCCCGAGAAGUUUGAGAACAUUUGGUCGGACAACGUCAAGAUCACCUGGUAUGCUUCGAACGACUUGAAGCAGCCUGCUUGCUGUGAAACUGGAUGGGACCCCGAGAACCACCACCACAUCGGCGCUGUGAUGAAGGGUUGGAAAAACGGCCCGUCUUGCGGUGAUUUCGUCCGUCUUUGCAACGAAAAGACGAACAAGUGCACGAAGGUCCGUAUCGUGGAUGAGUGCGCUGGUUGCAAGGAAAACCAUGUCGACCUCACGAAGAGUGCCUUCAAGCGUCUGGCUACAACGGGCACUCUUGAUGAGGGUGUUACGACUGGUCUCAAGAUGUUCUCGAGUCGCAUGCCCAACCCAUGGGACCUUGCUCUCUUCGGCCCUGUCAAGCUCAAGAUCUAA